UGCUGACAUUCAAACUCGGUGCUUCAUCCUGAAUCAGGUCCAAUGCUGCAAAUACACUAAAUACAAGACAACGCGACGUAGACCGAUAUUCAUGCUCAGACCUACAAUUCCGCCUGCACGUCGCUACCGGCAACUCUUUUACUUGCACCACCUUGCCAGCUGAAAGACAUAGAAAACCUUGCCUCCAAAUUGAUAGGCAGCUUCCGGUCACGAUGGGGAAUACCUGGACACAGUUCUUCCCCCCUGCGCCGCAAUUUACAGAAAAGAACCUUGCAGACCUGUUCGGAACCAGGUCUUCAUCGUCACCGGAUCCAACACCGGAAUUGGAAAAGAAGUCGCCCGCAUGCUGUACUCGGUGAACGCAAAAGUGUACAUCGCAGCGCGCUCGGAAGAGAAGUCGCGCAAGGCGAUAUCCGACAUACAGACUGCGUAUCCAUCGUCCAAGGGCAGCCUCAUCUUCCUGCACCUCGACCUCGCAGAUCUCACUACCAUCAAAGCGACAGUAGAUGAGUUUCUAAACAAGGAGAGCAAAUUGCACGUCCUGUUCAAUAACGCGGGCGUCAUGUCGGUGCCUACGAUCCCAGACCGCACAGUCCAGGGCUACGAGAUGAAUUUGGGUGUCAACAACGUCGGCACCUUCCUACUAACCAAGCUCCUGACCCCGGUUCUGAUUUCUACUGCGCGUACCGAGCCAGCAAACACAGUACGUGUCGUCUGGGUAUCUUCCACCAUCGAUCUCGCAGGCGCAAAGCACGUCGGCGUCCCCCUAGACGACCUUGACUUCCACAAGAGAAAGGUACCAGGCAUGGAGCGCUACGGACUGAGCAAGACGGGGAGCUGGCUGCAUGCGGUCGAGUAUGCCAAAUUACACGAGGCCGAUGGCAUUGUCUGUAUGCCUGUUAACCCGGGGAACCUGAACAGCGAGCUGGGGAGGGAGCAUACGCGAUUUGUGCAGUGGAUUCUGCGAUUCAUCGUGCAUCCUGUGUAUCUAGGAGCCUACAGCCUGUUGUUUGCAGGGCUGAGUCCAGAGAUUACGAUCGAGAAAUCGGGGAGCUUCAUAUGGCCUUGGGGUCGGUUCGGAACUGUCAGGCAGGAUCUUGUGGCUGCGACGAAGAGUGAGGCGGAGAGUGGAAAUGGCAAUGCGAAGAAGUUCUGGGACUGGACUGAGGAGCAGAUUGAGAAGUAUGUCUGACCGUUAGCUCUUUUCACAUGUUGGUAGGUAGAUUGGGAAUGUAACCGGGGCCUGUAAACGGGUCGAGAUAUAUUUUCAAGCGGAGCGCAUGGUGUUUGCUCUCAAUUGCC